AUGGAUGCCCCGCUACAAGAGGUUCACCUGAACUUCGAUAUCUUCAGAAAGGCAUUUGAACAGAAAGAUUUCAAUGCAUGCACCGAGCUCCUCCCGAAACUCAAGACCAUGAUAGCACAAAUGAGAAGCCUCCCGCCGAUGUAUGAAGCUACACCUAAUGCGGUGGGAGAACUAGCAGUAGCAAGGGACAUAUAUGAGCAUGCUGUUGUUCUUAGCUUGAAGACAGAGGAUGAGGAAGCAUUCGAGAGGGAUUUUCUUCAGUUGAAGCAGUACUAUUACGCCGGUUACGGUCGCCUUCCACCGUCCCCUCAAGAGGACCUGAUUUUAGGUCUCAAUCUGCUGAGGCUCCUUGUGCAGAACAAAACUGAUGAGUUCCACACCGAGCUGGAACUGCUUGCAUGCCUGUCACCCACUGCAUUGGACAACCCUUGCAUCAAGCACGCGGUGGAGUUGAAGCAGUCCUUAAUGGAGGAGGGAGGAGCUUACAUAAGUGUGUUGCUUGCUCGGCAGACAAUGCCAGAUGACAUCAGUACUUACACUUAUGCAAGAUAUUUCAUGGAUCUUCUUGAAAAAACUAUCAGAGAUCAGGAGGCGGACCCUCCCGAGGGGGAUGUAAAAUAUGAUGCCGCAUUUUUCGAGAAGGCAAAGGAGUCUGCACCUUGCAAGGAGAUACCUUCUCUGCAGUUCAUCAAUCAAAUGCUCAGUUGUGCAACAAAAUUGGGUCAGAUUGAUGGUUCAGAGAAUGAUAGCUAG